GCUACCUAGCUAAUCAACAUAUCAUUAUGGCCUCAAAAUUUCUCAAAUCAAUUCCUUUCUUUCUCUUAUUUGCAAUGGCUAUGGCAGGUGAUCCAAAUAUCAUCACAGACUUUGUAGUUCCAGCAAACUAUAGCGGUACCAUUGAUGGGAGUUUCUUCACCUUUACUGGCAUGCGCAGUGUGAUUAGCUCUGACUAUCCAUCAACCUUCACAGUGACAAAAGCUAGCUUGGCUAACUUUCCAGCUUUGGAUGGCCAAAGUGUCUCUUAUGCUCUUUUACAAUUUCCAGCAGGAGCCAUUAAUCCACCUCACACACACCCACGUUCAGCUGAGCUACUCUUUGUAGUGGAAGGGAGCUUGAAUGUUGGAUUUAUCGACACUACUAACAAACUUUAUACACAAACUCUGAAUGUUGGAGACAUGUUUGUAUUUCCAAAGGGAUUGGUGCACUAUCAAUCUAAUGAUGAUCCAAAACAACCUACAGCCGCAAUCUCUGCCUUUGGAAGUGCUAAUGCAGGCACAAUUUCAGUUCCUCUAAGUGUGUUUACUACUGGCAUUGAUGACACCAUCCUUGCUAAGGCCUUCAAAACUGAUGUUGCAACUAUUCAAAAGCUCAAGGCAGGCCUUGCACCUAAGGCUUAAAUUCAAUCUGAUCUAUUUGUUUAUCUUUCUUGUGCUUUGUUAAUUUUUAUUUUCAUUAAUUGUUCUCUGGCAAGCCUAUAUGGUAUUAGCAUCACUUGUUCGUAAAGGG